AUGUUUGAAGAUGAUAAAGAUAGAAAGCUAAAGUAAGCAAAUGAUAAUGUAAAAUAUUUGGAAUCUUAGUUGACUGUAAUUUUAUACUAAAUAAUAAGCCAUUAGUUGAGAGCAACUCAAAAUUAAAGGAAAGUAUUCAUGCAUUAUAAUACUAUAUGGAACAAAGGAGAUUAGAUUUUGCUCAGUUAUUAAGUUAUAAAAAAGAGCGCCAUCUUCAAAUUAAUUUGAGUGAUAUGGUUGAUGUUUAUGAAUGGUUGAAGAAGGAUAUUGAAAAUUAUUUAGAGUAGAUAUAAGAAUUAGAAACUGAAAAUAAAAUGUUUAAAUUAUUUAUUUAACAACAAGAUGAAGAAACUAGAAAUGAGAUUGGAAAACUAAAUGCUACAAUUCUUAAAUAAGAAAAAACAAUAACAAAAUAAUUAGAAUAAUUCAAUUUAGAAUAAAAAAAAAAUUAAGAUCAUUAAUUAACACUCAAAUUAGAAUAUGAUAAAAAAUUAGAAAACUAAGAAAUUAAAUUUAGAGAUUUAAUUCAAUUAAUUGAAAAUGAGAAGGAUGAAAUUUCUAAAAAAUAUUAACAAUUAGAUGAUGAAUAUCAAUAGAAAUUAAAAAAAUAAAAAUUGGAAUUGAUUAAUUAAUUUGAUAAAUAAGAAAGAUAAAAUUAAACAGAAUUCUCAAAACAAUUAAAAGAAUUGAAUGAUUAAAUCUAAAAAUUAGAUAUUAAAAAUAGACAACUUUUAACAGAAAUGCAAAAUGUUAAAUAAGACAAUGGUCUUUUAGCAUAAUAGUGUUCAUCACAAUAAAAAAAUAUAACUAAAUUGAAUCGUCAAGUUGAAAAUUUAUUAUAGACUUUAAAGAAUAAUAGAGAUGAGAUUUCUGCAUUAAAUUUAGAAAAAACCAAUUUAUUAAAUUUAAUAGAUUCCUUAAAAAUAUAGAUAGAAAAAUAAAAUAAAAAAGAAAUUGAACUACAAUAAUAUAUUAAAAAUUAAAGAGAUUAAUAUAUUGAAUAAUAAACUAAAUUUGAAAAUCAAAUUUCUGAAUAAGAAAUUACAAUUAAAGAGAUAAAUUCUCAAUUAGGAAAAAAAGAAUUAUGUAUCAAAGAAUUAUCUGAUAUGAAUGUUAAAAUAGAUAAAACUUAUUAGGAUAGAUUAAAUAAAUAAAGAAUUAAAUAUGAAUAAUUACUUUAUCCUAAUAGAUUUAUAAAUACUGAUUAAUUAUUAUAUAAAGAAACUAUGAUUUAACAUGAUGAUACUUUAAUUAAAGAAGUUAUUGAAGACUAUGAAUUGAUGCUUUCAUAAUAUGCAAAUUAAUUAGAAAGUCAAACAAUUAAAUUGUAAGCUUUGGAAAAUUCAUUUUAAGAAAAAUAAAAUGCUUUAAAAUUAUAAUUUGAUUAAAAAGUAGCUAAAUUAGCAAAAGAUUAUGAAUAGAAAUUUUUAAGAGAAAGCAAACAAUAAAAAAUAUAUAUAGAAGAACUACAUUUAUUAAAAUAAAAAGAAUUAGAGGCAUAAAAAAUUAAAUAAAGCAAUGAAAUAGAAAAACUAAAUGUAGAAUUUGAAAAUAAAACAUAACAUUAUGUUAAUUAAAUUUAAAAUUUACAAAAUUAAAGUAAUGAAGAUGCUAAAAUUAUUGAUUAACUAAACUAAUUAAUUAUUUAAUUAUAAGAUAAUACAUAUGAAUUAAAAUAAUCUCAUGAGCAAUAAUUAGAAAUGCUUAGAAAUAAUCAUUAAAUAGGAAAAUAAUAAUUAACUUUAGCUUUUGAAGAAAGAUUUAAUAAAGUUAAUGAUGAAUUAAAAAAACUUCAAUUAGAAAAAGAUAAUUUUGAACUUAUAAGAAUAUAAGAUUAAAAGGCAUUGAAUGAAAUUAAAAAAAAAAAUGAUGUACAAUAAACAAUCAUAAUACAAAUAAAAGAAGAAUCUAAAUAACAAUAAUAGGUUAUUAGUGAAUAAGUUUUUAUGAUGGAGUAAUAUUAAUAAUAAAUUUAAAGAUUAAAUGAUGGAAUUAAGUAAUUAUAAUAGGAAGUUGAAAAUUCAAAAUAAGUUUAUAAUAUUUUUAGAAAUUAACCAACAAUAAUGCAUAGAUAAUCUGAUGAUUCUCAUUAUAAAUCUGAUAUAAAGAAAUCAACUAAUACAUAAUUUAAAUUUUCAAGAACAAAAUAAGUAACUAGAUAAUCUAAUAGACCUGCUUUACAUAAUACUUCAACAACUUUUAUUAUUUAAAAUGGAGAACAAUCACAAUUACCAAAAGUUAGAUCAAUCUCAACUAAUCAAAUUAGAACAACUCCUAGACAUCACUCAUCUUAAGUAUGA